GCGGAAGUCUCACCGGAAGUGGAGCUGGUGCCGCUCGGACUCCCGCCCCUGCCAUCUUGUGUUUAGCAGGAACAAAAAACGGGAGGAGGGACGGGUCCAGAUGGAGGAUGGGGUGCGGGUUCUAGGCCCACUCUAGGCCGGUUCGGUGGGUCAGUAUGUCCGGACGGGAAUGUUUGCAAGGAAACAUCAGCCACACCCCGCGGAGCAGCUGAUGAUACCGUUAGCCUGCCAGCUAACGCGCUAAGCUAUUAGCUCAGGAGCGGCGCAGACCGCAGCUGCGGAGCGGACCGUUAGGGACCCGCAGACCCUCCCAGAACCAGCGGCUGGACCGCAGCGUCUCCCCAAAACCCAGAAGAACCGGGAUGGAUAUAAAGCAAGAGUUCUGCUGAGGGAAACCCGCGAUAUGAGGAUCGAAACUGGCUGCUAGCUUUGCUGCUAACCGUUAGUUUUUCGGUCCAGAGAGGAACCUCAAGAAGCUGCGGUGCAGCCAUGCCCUCCAGUGCGCGUGCGGGGAGCCUCAAGGACCCCGAUGUGGCCGAUCUGUUCUGCAGAGACGAUCCGGAGAAGCUCUUCACCGACCUCAGGGAGAUCGGACACGGCAGCUUCGGAGCCGUCUACUUUGCGCGUGACGGACGCAGCAAUGAGGUGGUGGCCAUUAAGAAGAUGUCCUACAGUGGCAAGCAGACCAAUGAGAAAUGGCAGGACAUCAUCAAGGAGGUGAAGUUCCUGCAGAAGCUCCGUCACCCCAACACCAUCGAGUACCUGGGCUGCUACCUGAAGGAACACACGGCGUGGCUGGUGAUGGAGUACUGCCUUGGCUCGGCCUCUGACCUCCUGGAAGUCCACAAGAAGCCGCUGCAGGAGGUGGAGAUCGCCGCCAUCACCCACGGAGCGCUGCAGGGUCUGGCUUACCUGCACUCUCACAACAUGAUCCACAGGGACGUGAAGGCCGGGAACAUCCUGCUGACGGAACCGGGUCAGGUCAAGCUGGGAGACUUCGGGUCGGCCUCCAUCGUGUCUCCAGCCAACUCCUUCGUCGGAACGCCGUACUGGAUGGCUCCAGAGGUGAUCCUGGCCAUGGACGAGGGUCAGUACGACGGGAAGGUGGACGUCUGGUCGCUCGGCAUCACCGGCAUCGAGCUGGCUGAGAGGAAGCCACCACUCUUCAACAUGAACGCCAUGAGCGCCCUGUACCAGAUCGCCCAGAACGAGAGCCCAGUGCUGCAGUCCAACCACUGGUCCGACUCGUUCCGCAGCUUUGUGGACUCGUGUCUCCAGAAGAUCCCUCAGGACCGUCCCACCUCAGAUGUCCUGCUGAACCACCGCUUCCUGAGCCACGAGCGCCCGCUGACGGUCAUCAUGGACCUGAUUGCGCGGACAAAGGAUGCCGUGCGGGAGCUGGACAACCUGCAGUACCGCAAGAUGAAGAAGAUCCUGUUCCAGGAGACGCAGCAGAACGGGCCGCCGUCAGAGGGCGGCGACGACGACGAGGAGGCGGAGCCCUACCUGCUGCAGGGCGGCACAGUGAACAGCAUGGAGAGCUCCCAGUCUGUUCCCAGUAUGUCCAUCUCGGCCAGUUCCCAGUCCAGCUCCGUCAACAGCCUGGCGGACGCCUCCGACGACAGCAGCGGCGACAUGGCCAUCCUGCAGGAGGGCGAGAACACCGUCACCUCCAACAGCUCCAUCAUCCACCGCCCCACGGGUCAGGACAACAUCUACGACGAUCCGUACCAGCCGGAGCUGGAGCAGCCGCAGGCCCCCUGCGCCGGGCGCCGCCGGGCCUUCUACCGGAACCGGGACCACUUCGCCACCAUCCGGACCGCCUCCCUGGUGACCCGUCAGAUCCAGGAACACGAGCAGGGCUCGGCGCUGCGGGACCAGAUGUCCGGCUACAAGCGCAUGCGGCAGCUGCACCAGAAGCAGCUGCUGGGCCUGGAGAACAAGCUGAAGGCCGAGAUGGACGAGCACCAGCUGAAGCUGGACAAGGAGCUGGACGCCCAGAGGUCCGGAUUCUCCGCCGAGCUCGACAAGCUGGCCCGCAAGAACCAGGCCGUCCUGGAGAAAGAGGUCAAAGCCGCUCUGGCCGAGGAGAAGAAGUUCCAGCAGCAGAUCCUGGGCCAGCAGAAGAAGGAGCUCAACUGUCUGCUGGACUCCCAGAAGCGCCAGUACCGCCACCGCAAGGAGCUGCUGAAGGAGGAGCUGAGUGAGAACCAGUCGACCCCCAAGAGGGAGAAGCAGGAGUGGCUGAUCCAGCAGAAGGAGGUGAUGCAGCAGCUGAUGGCGGAGGAGGAGGCCGGCCUGCUGCGGCGCCAGAGGCAGUACUACGACCUGCAGUGCCGCCAGUACAAGAGGAAGAUGCUGCUGGCCCGCCACAACCUGGAACAGGACCUGCUGCGAGAGGAGCUGAACAAGAAGCAGAUCCAGAAGGACCUGGAGUGCGCCAUGCUGCUGCGGCACCACGAGUCCACCCAGGAGCUGGAGUUCCGGCAGCUCGGCUCGGUCCAGAGGACCCGGGCCGAGCUGAUCCGAACCCAGCACCAGACCGAGCUCACCAACCAGAUGGAGUACAACAAGCGGCGCGAGGACGAACUGCGGCAGAAACACGCCGUGGAGGUCCGGCAGCAGCCCAAGAGCCUCAAGUCCAAAGAGGUCCAGAUCAAGAGGCAGUUCCAGGAGACCUGCAAGAUCCAGACCCGGCAGUACAAGGCGCUCCGGAACCACCUGCUGGAGACCACGCCCCGGUCCGAACACAAGCUGGUUCUGAAGCGGCUGAAGGACGAGCAGACCCGGAAGCUGGCCAUCCUGGCCGAGCAGUACGACCACUCGGUCAACGACAUGCUGUCCACGCAGGCCGUCAGCAAGCUGCGGCUUGACGAGACGCAGGAGGCGGAGCAGCAGGCGCUGCGGCUGCAGCUGCAGCAGGAGCUGGAGCUGCUCAACGCCUACCAGAGCAAGAUCAAGAUCCACACGGACGGGACGCACGACCGCGAAGCGCAGGAGCUGGAGGCGCGGGUGGCGCUGCGCCGCGCGCUGCUGGAGCAGAGGAUCGAGGAGGAGAUGGUGGCGCUUCAGGCGGAGCGGUCUGAGCGGAUCCGGACGCUGCUGGAGCGCCAGGCCCGGGAGGUGGAGGCGUUCGACUCAGAGAGCCUGCGGCUGGGUUUUAGCGGCAUGGCGCUGGGCGCCGCCGACGGCUACCCGGCGCCCGGCCCUGCCGCCGGUCCCGGAGGCUGGCCGGCCCGGCCCGGCCCGCGCUGCGGCGGCCACUGGAGCCACGGCCUCCAGAACUCUCCGGCCGGCCCGGCCUGGCGCGGCCAGAACCACGGCGCCGGCUUCGGGCGGGCCGAGCCAAGAGCCCGCGCCCCCUCUCACCACCAGCAGCAGCUGUACCAGCACCACCAGAGCACGCCGCAGCUGUACCGCGACAGCCGGGACCGCCAGGCCCGGGAGUGGCCCUCCGGCGGCGGCGGCCACUACUCCCAGCACGCCCGGGGCCUCCAGCAGCUCUCCUACCACGCCUCCUCCCAGUCGCUGGCCGUGCUGCCUCCCGCCGCGCCUCCCCCCAUCUCCUUCUCCUGUUCCUCCCCCGCCUCCUCCGCCUCCUCUUCGUCCUCCUCUCAGGGCGGCUACGGCGGCGGCCUGGGCGUCCGCGGCCCCGGCCUGGCCCUCAGGAACAGCCCCCAGCCACUGAGACGCACGGCGUCCGGAGGGCCUGGCGGGGGCGGGGCCGGCGACGGGGGGCUCAGCCGGAGCACCUCCGUCACCUCCCACAUCUCCAACGGCUCCAACCUGUCCUUCUCCUGAGACGGCCGCGGCCUUUCCAGGAGCCACUGGGCGGCGCCGCAGAGGGGCCACGUGGCGCUCAGCAGCUCCUGGGAGUCAGCUGCUGUCUCCAAGCGGUCCGAGGAAACGGCGCUCCAGGACCUCCUCCAGGCGCUCCAGGACCUCCUCCAGGCGCUCCAGGACGCUCCUCCAGGCGCUCCAGGACCUCCUCCAGGCGCUCCAGGACGCUCCUCCAGGCGCUCCAGGACCUCCUCCAGGCGCUCCAGGACCUCCUCCAGGCGCUUCACGCCACAGCAACCCAGGAGUCUUUAUGUCUCUGAGGAACGCCACCAUCUGAAGAGCUCUGAGGAGCAUCCUGGAGCUGCAGCUCCUCCAGAGGCAGCGGGCAGUUGGCCCUCAGGGACCGGAAAUGAGAACCGGUCCAACUGAAGGCGAUGUUCAUCAGAACCUCAGGAGGCCCGGUCCUCAGACCGUCGAUCCCUCAGAAGACGUGACAUCAUCAGGAACCUGGACGUUCCUGGCAAGUCGUGUUGCUGAACCAGAUAUUUCCUGUCGGGUCCCUUUGUUGGUUCCGACCCGCUGAGUUGCAGAGACCAGGACAGAGCUGAUGUGGACGCGUGUAAAUAUGGGCGUCCAGCAGGGGGCAACGUUGAUACGGCUGCUGUCCUUCUCCAGGUUGACCCUGAAACGAUCGGGUUCAGAACCUGGGGUCGUCUGCAGGUUUCUUCCUUUCUGGUCCUCAUUCAGAACUUUUCUAACGAUCCGGUCAGACCCGGAUCAGUGCGCAACAUUAAUCCUCAGGAUUAAAGAACUUCAGCUGGAAUGUUGAUGCUGUAAUUCCUGCUGGCUGCAGAUCACAGCUGUAAAAACACUAACAGGAUCAUCUGACUGAGGAUCCAGCAAACCGGGAAUCCUGCACACCUGUCCUCCAAUCAGAAGCAGCCGUGGUGUGUGUGUGUGUGUUUGUGUGUGUGUGCGCGUGUGUGUGUGCGCACCAGGUCAGACGGCCGCAUGGAGUCGCUGUACAAUGAACAUGAUGCACACUACCUAUUUAUAGCUGACACCAGGUGAGGCAGGUGUCCUGAUGGGGGCGCUGUUCAACACUCUGAUUGGCGUUAUUAUUGUUGUACAUAGAAGCACUAACUUUAAGACUGUAAUAAGUAAUAAUGAUUAUUUUGUCACGUGAUUUAAGCCAAUUUGUACUAGAAGCAGGCAGACGCCAUCCCAUAAUAACUACUGCAGCAGUCGGAGUAUUUAUGUUAAGAUGUCAUUGCCUAUAUUGACCACUAGGUGGAAAAUAAACGCAAUGUUACUGUGAUAGAAGUAUAAGAAUGAAAUAUUUCCAGGAGGACUACAUUUCCCAGCAUUCCCAGUGAGGUCUCAGGGCGGGGCCUCUCGCUGUUGGCGGGGCUGUGACGUCUCCUCCAAUUGGUUUGCAGCCAGUAUUGAAGCUGGAGGAUCCGCAGUGCAACAGACUUUAGAUGAGUUCACUACAUUCGUGCCAUGUUUUUAUUCUUCCUCCUGGUCUAGUCCAAGUUUUUCCCUGGAGCACAAAGAGAUGAACGAUCAGAUAAUCCUGUGGAUGAACUGUGAUCGGUAUAAUCUGUAAUUUGUUCAUUCAAAUUGGCUCAAAUAAUGAUUGUUGCCUUAAGAUUAAAUUCUAAAAAUAUCAAAUAUUUAUAAAUAUUUGAAUUAAACUGAAUCAAAUUUUUUUUUACAUUUUGUUUAGAAACUUUUAGCUUAUUUUUUUUUCUCCACAUGCUAAAGUGAUAAAAGUCCCAUUCUAAAGUAAUUAAAAUAGAAAUGGAGGCUGAAACAAAAUAUCACAUUAAAAUGUUUUAAACAAAAAUAUUUGCAUAAAUGAAGAUAUUUAUAUUUAAAGAACUGAGAGAAAACUUUGAUUUACAUCAUAAAGAGUUAAAUUAAAAAUUCUAAAACUGUCUUUUUAUUUUUGAAGCAAAUAAAAUAAUUAUAUUUUGUUUUAUAUUUUCCAAAAACUUCUGGCAAUAUCUUUGAAAAUAGACGAAACAUUAAGAUGUGAUUUUGAUUUAAAGUAAUUUUAAAAAAUCACAAUAAUGAAUAACAGAUGAAGCCAUAUACGCUUUGAUUAAUACAACUGUUCCCAUGUAUUAUUAAGGCCAUGUACAACCAGAUGAUUUAUGAAUUCAACAUUUGUCUGGUCACAGUUUAUCCACACAGGAUUAUUUGUUUUCGCCUCCUGCCGUUUUUGCCCCUCUGGGCCUCCGUAGCAGGAAUCUGCUCCGUGUUUCCCACAGGUCGGAGUUUUUUGCACAGAGCCGUCCAGCCGUCUCCGUCUCCACGUGUCAUGUCUACCUCAUUUGCACUGAGAAUAAGAAAAAUGUGGAGCGGGUUCCAGAGGAAACGGUUCUUUCCUUUUCUUUGUUUUGGUGUUUGUGCAAAUGUUGACUUGGCGAUGGGUGGAAGGACAAACGGACACAUUCCGUGUUGGACAGAAAGACGUUUGGAUGUCAGGAGUCGGAAUCUGCUGGCCUCCAUGGAUGAACUGGACUUUUUGUUUCAAACUGUGAGAUUUCAUUUUGCCAACUUUAGUUUAAUGUGGAUCCUGAGGCGGUGAAACGCUGCAGCUGCACCGCAAAACCAGUCAAACCAACUUUCAGCUGCCUUUUAAUCAACUAGAGGCCACGUGUCUUUCUGUCACAUCUGCUUUUAAAUGCUAUUUUUAUUUUCUCCACUGUUCUGAUGAAGGCAUCAUUUAAUCUAACAUCUAGGUAUUUUACUUGAAUCUAACCCCUAACCAGCUCAUUCUGGAGAUCCAGGGACAAUCUCACAUCCCAACGUUAUGUUAAAGUUAAAUGUUGAGAGCCUGCUGCACCAUGUUUUACGGUGCAGCUCCGUGGAAACCUCAGCACGGUUCCCAGCUAUUGUGAUGAUGGCGACCAGCAGGAGGCGCUGUGACGAGGACGAUGUGUGAAAUGGAGAAUGAGCUGUACGAAACAAAAUACUGUUGGACAAAUAAAAUAACAAAAACAGAA